CAACUUGGGCUUCACCGCAUACUCACAGAUCUCUGUCGGAAGCGAAAGCAGCAAGUUCCACGGAAUCAUUUGUUGCUGGUUUACUUUGAACUCGGGCGCACUUUUAGUUUACGCUACAGCUAGACCCUGCAAAAGGAUUAGCCUACAAUUUGAAGAAGAAGAAGAAGAAAAAAAAAGAAGAAGAAAAAACGGAGAGUAGAGUGGGUUUUUUUUUUUUUUUUUUUUUUUUAGCGCUUUGAACACUAAACGCACACUGGACGGGGUGGUCUUGCUUUCCUGUGAAAGGACUACUGUGGCAGUUUUCUCCAAGAGCGCCAGUGUGAAACGCGUGAGCUGUGGCUGAUUAAAAAAAGCAUGUCCUUGGACCUGAAUAAUCUCCCUGACUUCUGAACUUGUUGCGUUUGCUUUGCACCGGCUACGGAGACGCAUUUCGAAUACUUGUGGGUGCUAAUUUGUAACGACGGUAAAGCAAAAGGAAACCAAAGUGGACUAUAACUGGAGAUCUAUAUGUAAAAACCUCAAUUUUUUAUCAAAACGUAUUUAUGAGGAGAUGUCCUUUCCCUGCGUGGCGGAUCUGUGAGCGCAAAACGGAGCAUCGACUCUGCUUCAGUUGCACCGGGUCGCGCACAUUGGGUCAGCAUGGCAGCUGGAGUCGCAGCGUGGCUACCAUUCGCGCGCGCCGCGGCCAUAGGAUGGAUGCCCGUGGCGAACGCGCCGAUGCCGCCUCCACCACGGGAGAAGAGGCGAGGUCAGGACGGGCUGAUAAUCUUGAACGUCAGCGGCUCAAAGUUUCAAACUUGGCGGAAUACUUUGGAGAGGUACCCCGACACCUUACUAGGAAGCACCGAACGCGACUUCUUUUACCACGAGGAGACCAACGAGUACUUUUUCGACCGCGACCCGGACAUCUUCAGACACAUCCUCAACUUUUACCGCACCGGGAAACUGCACUACCCUCGCCACGAGUGCAUCUCCGCGUAUGACGAGGAGCUGGCCUUCUUUGGCAUCAUUCCCGAGAUCAUUGGUGACUGUUGCUAUGAGGAGUACAAAGAUCGCAGGCGGGAGAAUGCUGAGAGAAUUCAAGACGAUGAAGAGAACGAAAACAACAACGAUUUGGCGCCGCCGGAUAUGUCGUUCCGCGAGUCCAUGUGGCGCGCUUUUGAGAACCCUCACACGAGCACCAUGGCGCUGGUGUUUUAUUACGUCACGGGCUUCUUCAUAGCCAUCUCCGUUAUGGCCAACGUGGUGGAGACUGUCCCGUGCGGCAACGCACCAAACAGGCUCAAAGAGAUCUCGUGUGGAGAGCGCUACGCGCUAGCAUUCUUCUGUUUGGAUACGGCCUGCGUUAUGAUCUUCACCGUCGAGUACCUGCUCCGUCUGAUCGCCGCGCCCAGCAGGUACAAGUUCGUCAAAAGCGUCAUGAGCAUCAUUGACGUGGUGGCCAUCAUGCCUUACUACAUCGGCCUGGUCAUGACGGACAACGAGGACGUGAGUGGGGCCUUCGUCACCCUCAGGGUCUUCAGAGUCUUCCGAAUUUUCAAAUUUUCGCGGCACUCUGCGGGUCUGCGAAUCCUGGGGUACACGCUUAAGAGCUGCGCGUCUGAGCUGGGCUUCCUGCUGUUCUCGCUCACCAUGGCCAUCAUCAUCUUCGCCACCGUCAUGUUCUACGCAGAAAAGGGCUCGACCUCCAGCAAGUUCACAAGCAUACCGGCGGCUUUCUGGUACACCAUCGUCACCAUGACAACGCUUGGAUAUGGAGACAUGGUUCCUAAGACCAUCAUGGGAAAGAUCUUUGGCUCAGUUUGUUCUCUGAGUGGAGUGCUGGUGAUUGCUCUUCCUGUGCCCGUCAUUGUGUCCAAUUUCAGUCGGAUCUACCAUCAGAGUCAACGUGCAGAGAAGCGGCGUGCUCAAAAGAAAACCAGGCUUGCUAGAAUUCAUGCAGCGAAGAGUGGUGGUGCUAACGCUUAUUUGCAUUACAAACGCAAUGGGAUGCUGGCGGACACGGAGGAGGAGGCAUCAAAACAGGCGGGACAAGCUCUGGUAUGCAAGUCCAACCCCACUUUUGAGACCCAGCAUCACCAUCUGCUGCACUGCUUGGAAAAAACCACGAACCAUGAAUUUGUAGACGAGCAGACCUAUGAAACGAGCUGCAUGGAAGUUUCCAUGGUGAAGCCGUCCAUGUCCCGCUCCUCUUCACUGUCCUCCUCUUCACACGGGCUCUCCUCCUGCUGUUCGCGCAGAAACAAACACAAGAGCUUUAACGUGCCCAAUUCCAACAUGUCCGGCGGCCGCAGGGGGAGUAUACAGGAGCUCAGCACCAUCCAGAUCAGAGAGAGACCGCUGAGCAACAGCCGUUCCAGUCUUAAUGCCAAGUUUGAAGAGACGGUACCCCUUAACUCGGAAGAGCCCUCCUACACCACUGCCGCAGUCAUCAGCAUGCCGACUCCGCCUGUGACCACACCCGAGGGAGGAGACUUUGCCAGCUCACCCAACUUCUUGCAAAGCAACAUUGUUAGGGUGUCGGCAUUAUAGACCAUCCACAGUGACUAUUAGCCGUUUCAUUUGAUGAGUGGACACUGGAACAGGAGGGAUUGAGAGUGCACCCUGGCGUAUUGGAGAAGGCAUUGCAGCGGGAUGGGCCAUAGCUGGACCUUUUUAUUUAUCAGCUCCUGUCUAAAGCUCUGCUUCUCUGUACUGGGAUGUCAGAGCCACUUCUAGGCCCAUCAAGUCAUGUGACCAACACUUGAGUCAACAGGCUUUCACUCAACCCAUAAAGGAAAUCAAUGACCAUAAUUACCAUUGUGGUUACUACUCCUAUAAUUUUUGAAUAUUGUGUGUCAAUGAAUUUGUUGUCUCAAAUUUGGUGGGAUCGUGAGGUAAUUACGAUGAAAAGGGAGUGUACCAGCAGGGCAGGUUCUACAGUAGGAUAUUAUUGUUUUUAGACAGCGCUUCAUACACACCAAUACUUCAAAUACUACAAAGUAAAGCUAGGCUCUACUAGUGUGUGCGGUCGGAUGCUUUUGUGUGCGAGCGUGUGUGUAUGAUAAAGACCAAUCUCUUGCAUGUUUUGCAUUCGUAAGUCUUUUGUCUUUUUUCAAUUCGGCAUGAGCAAUAAUGAUUGGCUUACUCUGCAAGCGUGUGUGGGUAUUCGUUUCUUUGUCAAUACUUUGCUUAGUUAUAUGGUGUUGAUCUGCAGCUGUCUCAAACCCUGAACCAUUCAGUUACCAUGUCAUUAUUCCAUAAAAUUUUGUAAUGCUUCUUAGUUUUUAAAAGCAACAUUGAUAACACAAGAACUUUUGUAGCAAGAGCUCUUUUAGUCUUACCGAGUUCACUUUUGCAGCUUCUUUUUCUGCUCUCACAAUGUGAAUUAGCACAAACACUGCUGUCUUGUGAUCUAGGCACCUGAAUUCAUGAACAAUAUCCCAUCAAUUAUUCUAUUGGACUACACUUGGAAUCUGUAGUUUUUCUCCCCAAAUCCUCACUCACAUCUCUGUCCCCAUCUGUUUUCGCAGGGGCGCUUUAAAUCAUUAUUUUCUACCCCUUUCUUCACUUCUAAUCUCUAUUAGUAUCCUUUAUUGUGGAAAUGUUUCUUAAAGGUAUAGUUCAACCAAAAAUGAAAAUUCUCUUAUCAGUAUGUGUAUGACUUUCUUCUGCUGAACACAAAGAUUUUUAGAAGAAUGUCUCCACUCUGUUGGUCAUGCAAUGCAAGUGAAU